UUAUUAUGUAUUUACUACCUGUUGAUUCUAAAAAAAAACUAUGAGGUUAGAAUACAAGUAUAGAAUAAGAGUAUUGAUUUUCUCACUGAGCAUGCUCAGUGCUCACAGCUGCGUACUGUAUGAGCUAACUACUGAUAAGUCUUUCAAACACCCACUCGUAUGGAAGCGUCGACUGGUGUAACCCACGAAAUUAUCAAUUUACUGUAAAAAAAUAUUUUUAGGGUUUAACUAGUUUUAUUAUUGCACAAGUUACUUUCCAAUAGACUAUCUCGCCAUUCAAUAUGUUUUGUUUGUGCGAUUGAUAUGGAGGAACUGUUACAAGACAUAUUCAAAGAAGCUACUGGACCAAAGUUAAUAGCACUCAAGAAGUCAUGUCAGGAAGCACUGGAAGUACUUUGUAUACAAGAAAGCAAUGGGCGGAGGGCGUCGCACGAGGUGCGGCGCGCCUGCCUUCUGCCGCUGCGGCUGGCGCUCGAGACCAAGCGCCCCCGCCUCGUCGCAUACGCGCUCCAGGGCUUUCAUAAAAUACUUCGCGAUGAUCGAUUCCACCGAGGAAUUGAACCCGAAGAUGACUCACUAUGGAUGCCCUCGCAGCUUCUGUGUGCUACCUCCUCGGUUAUGUACCACUUACCAGACACUCAGGUGCAGAUAUUCCGCAUGUACUUGUCGUUGGCGCUUUCCCCGCGACGCACGCUCAAUGGGCGGCUCUGCGUGUGGGCGUGCGGCCGGUGCGGCGAGGCGGCUGGCGCAGCACCCCAGGUCGCCGCCGCAGCUAGAGCGGCCGCAGCACAGGCCCUACGCGCGUACUGCAUGCAACUCGACGAAGAAUGUCAAGAAUUGCUCUCCGAAGGUUCCCCAGUUGGCAGGAAUCAUAUUGUGGCAGUGGGAUGCUACAGUGAAGUGAUUCCUGUCAUACAAUAUCUGUGUAGCCGUUUAUCUGAGACACAAAUGAUUCCGAAGCAAAAUCCAUUAGCCCUGUUCUUUCUUGACUGCCUGUUGACGCUGAUGUCCUGCCUUUCGGAACGCGUCAGCGGAAACUCGCACUUCACCGCUUUCCUCUGGCAGAAGUUCUGUCCCUCUCUCAUCUCAUUCCUCGGAACGCCAAAGGUCGACAAGAAUAUUAAAGCUAGGGAGCACGACGGCCACUUAGUGGAUGAUUCAGGAAGGGGAUCCGGCGCCCUGGUCUGCGCACCUAGCUUCAACAGUAAGCAAGCUAAAGCUAUUUAUAGCAUAGCGAACCAAUUAGUUCGUUUAGUGGGAUCGAUCUCGAACUUGCGACCGGUUCUGGAGGCGCUCUACCAUCGCAUGUUACUGUACCCACCUGUACCACACCGCGUGGAACCGCUCAGGAGCGCAAGAGAACUGCUGCAGAACCCCAAACGUCUAGCUCAGCUCAUGCUCAUGAGGAAACCAGAUCAUCCGGAAAGACAUAGCGAUGAUAUGGCUAUCGUACGAUUGAUAAUGGAUGGCAUAGAAGACUGCGGUCGCAGUGGUAACCCAGAAGUGGUGGCGGCUGCUGUAGAAUGCGUCGUCUCAUUGCUAGAUGCUCUCGAGAAGCUUUGCUCCGGCGCCAUCGAGUAUAUAUCUCCUGAUGUUGCCACGCUCCUAUUAGAACAGUGGCCUAAACUACAAGACGCCGACUAUACUGGGCCACUGACCUAUCAGACUUUGGCUAGAUUGCCAAGUCCGUAUCGAGAUGUUGUUGCUGUAUUACAAAGCAAUGAAGAAAAGCAACACGAUUCUUCAGAUACGUCUGGUCCGGAAAACAAUAGUUCAGACGAGGGCGAGGCUGACUCUGACGCUGACAACGUGUUCCUGCCGACGCGCGCCACCCGGCCCUCGCCCAGCAAAGCCAACGAUCCCUUCACUGAUAAAACUAAAGCAGUGCCUAAGACAUUGAACCUCGGCAGAUGCACAAUUACCGAAUGUAACGUAGACCUGGAGAGACACAAUGCGAGGCAAUUUGUAAAGACGUUACAGAACUCACUGCUGCCCAAGAUUAUUAAUCUGAGGACAUGUAUAGAGGUGGAUGAGGCGAUGCAAGAUUUUGCGUCUAAGUGCUGUGCACAUAACGCAUCGCAGCCGCCAGCCACCGCGUGUAUCAUGAAUGCGGACGGCGUCUACCUCGCCACAUACGCCGCACUUUUGCUCACGCUCCGACAGAGGCGCAUCAACUAUUACAAUGAACCUAAUAAAGUUCAAGUUCCUUUAACAGAAGAUGAGUUCGUGGAAGAAGUUCAAGGUAGCGGCGUGCUGGUGUACUUGUCUGCCACAUGGCUUCGAGAACUCUACCAGCAAGUCCUCGCCAACGACUUACUAAAGGAUAUCCCCACCACUGACCAUCCUCUUAUACAUUUACUGUCUGAUCUGGGCGGACUGGAGCAGAGCCCGGUGAUGUCUGACUGGCAGCGGCUGAAGGAGGUGUCGCGAUUGUACAGCGGCACUGACGACACGCCGCAGCACCAGGCUAGCUUACGCUGGGCUAGAAGGAUCCUGACUUGCAUCUGGGACUCCAUGGUGACAGUACUCAGUGUGCCACUGACGGGCUACAGGAACAGGAAAGACAAGCUUCACGGCAUCAUAUCCAAGAAGAUUCACACCUUCGGCAAGAGGAAGAGGAUUGCUUGGGAGGGACUCACUAUACAGUGCUUAGAAGGACUUCACAAGGCUGCCAGGAUCAGUAACACUUUGAGCUUACAAAACCGCUGCAGCAGUAUUCUAGCACUGUUGGCCAACUCCGCAAUAUCCCAACCGCCCAACGGCAAGAUCUUGGCAACGCAUGCUCUAUCACUUGAUAUACUGAUCACAGGUGGUUUGGAGCUUGGUUCCAAAGCCCCAGAAUGUUGGGAGCAUAUAUUUGGCGCUUGCCACUAUGUGUCCAGCCUCGAACACACGCUAUUUGGGCAGCAGGGCAAUAACGCUACGCCCAUCGUGACUGUGCAGACCGGCCGCAACAAGACCGUCUCCGUGCUGCAAGCGGACGCCAAGCUCGCCCUCGACGCCAAAGAUGAUGAGACUUGUGUGGAUGUUUUCAAUUUUUUGCAACCAGUGAUGGAGAACAAUUUUAACAGCGACAUGUCUGUGGCUAAAAUUGUUGAGACGUGUCGACAGGAGGGAGGUAACGUGAUAUCGGGUGCGGGAGCAGCGCGCGUUUGCUGCGCGCUCGCAGCAGCCGCGGACACUCUGUUCACGCGCCUGGCCGCAACUACCACACUACCGGCGCUAAGAGCAGCGCUACAGCGGCUGGUAGCCCACCAACAUCGACUGUUAUUCUCAUCGUGGGAGCAGGACGUGGCCAAUAAUAACUCGGUAUGGUGGCGCCGGGGUGCACGUGCGGGCGGAGCUGGCGGCGGAGCGGAGGCAGCACGAGCUCUGUGCCGUGCCGGCGACGUGGCACUGCGCUGUCUGCGCGCCGCGCGACCCCUCGCACACCGCAUGGCGAUAUGGACUGUCGUCGGACCACAUUUCAUGCAGGCGGCCUGUCACAAAGAUAUUCAAAUAUCCAGUCUUGCUAUACAAUGUUUACAUGACUGUGCGACGACUCUGCUCAACCAACAAGUAGAACUUCCUCAUUUUCACUUUAACGAGGCUCUGCUCAAGCCUUUUGAAAAUUUACUUUGCCUAGAACUGUGCGAUGACGAUAUUCAGGAACAGAUUAUUUCUUGCAUUUGCGAGUUUGUAGAAACGAAUCGAAUGGAAAUUAGGUCUGGAUGGCGUCCCCUUUUCAAUACAUUACGCGCUGCAAAUAAUUCAAAUCAAUAUUCUGCAAUUUUGGAAAUAUUCAAGGUCUUCCUGAAUACGGACAAUACGUUGGUCUUCGCCAAUGCGGCCUUAGAUUGCAUACUAUGCCUCUUAAGUCAUAUAAAAGGUCUACACUUUGAAGAAGUACAAGCGACAGAAGUGAAAUCGAAAAAAGUAUCUACGCCGCCACAGCCGAAACCAAGUUUGAGUCUUAAAUUUUCAAAAAACAGUAGGUUUAUUCCACUUAGUGAAGAAAAAUCCGAAAAAGUCAUCGUGGAUAUGUGUCGGGAAGCACUUCUUCAUUUGGAAAGCUGCGCAGAUAUCCUAACCAUGAUGUACAAUAUGCCAAAGUGUCCUAUUUUCAACACGGGCAAUAGAAUCAAGGGGGAUAUGCCACUCUCGGUCGUCGAUCCCAUUAUACCGAGUGGUUCACUAGAUGUAACCAAAUACAUCACCAACGACAAUUUUGAAGAAGAAUUGAUAUCGUACAGAAAACUAUCGACAAGUUUGCACCCAUCGAAUACCACGAAUACCUGUCUGUUGAAACUAGAUAAGCCCAGUAACAUACUUAAAGUAUGGUAUGUACUAAUUGAAGGUUUGAUAUCAGCAACAGUGGUAUGCUCAAAGAAGAACCAGCCAGCCGCGAUGGAAACACUCUUCAAACUGUUGAAAAACACCGCGGAUGUGCCCGGCACUCAUUUUGGUCUGCACUGUAUCAAUCAUUUAUUGUUGCCAACGGUACAAAACUGGCUUAGGCAAAUCGCCAACGUCAAUACUCAUUGGGACACCAUCAUGCCCAAUUUUAAACAGUGCUGUGGUAUGACAACAGAUACCAUUGUUGUAUUUUUACAUCAAUUGCAACAAAUCAACAUCGAAAGGUCCACUACCGAUGAAAAUAAUGAAGUCAUUGACAUAGAACCCAUAGAAAAUGCUGAAGCUAGUUUUGCUUUGAAGCAGAUAAUGUUAAUCUUGGUAGAGUGUAUAGCGCAGCCGCAAGAGCCGAUUGCUAGAUUGGGAGCGUCUUGCAUAAGACACAUAAUAUUAACAUCAGGGCAUUUACUGACUGACAAUCAAUGGGAAAUCGUAUGCACUAGUCUGCAUAGAGCUUGUAAUGUAAGUUUGAGCCCUCUGAAACAAAUAACAUAUGCUUUCAAAGAAAAUUCAAACAGUUUUUAUGGAGACUUGGCCAUGGUGAAAGUUGCAGCGAGACGCGAUUGCUCGGUCAAUGACAACGUAAGAUUACAUGCGAUGGCACAACAAGUAUUUCUGACUGAUCAGUUGAGAGGAGAUAACAAUGUAAAGCCUAAUACCAAAAACACUAAUCAAAAUCAAAUGUUGAUUGAUGAUCGUAGUUACAUUUUCCUUAUUUAUCUUCAAGACUCUAUGAACUCUUUAAAUCCUGAAUUGUACACGGUCAGAAUUCCUUACCGAGGGCUAGUCGUGGGUUUGCUUGCUCAUCAAAUACUUAUACAAAUUAUAGCAACAGUCCUUAUACAAGCAUCAUCAGACGUAUUUCAAGGAAUCAAUAAUAUACUGCUAGAAAGCUUGAAAACUGGUUCCAGUGUUUGUAAUUACAGAUUCUUCUUGAAUAAAGAUAAUAUCGAUCUACUUCUGAAAAGUUUAGAGAUGUCUUAUGUGCGAGCUAUGCAAUUUGAUUUACGACCUGGACUGAAAUUUUUAGUUCAGAAAGUAUCUAAUUUGGAUCACGCUGCUAACCUUUACAAGCAAACGACAUCUUCGUGGUUGAUAAAAAUUAUAGCACUUACUGAAAUAUUCUUCAGCGGUGUCUAUACUUACAAACUGAAAUCGAAUGAUAUAGCAAUAAUUUUGAACAAUUACACAUCGUCUCUUAAUUUGACUCUCGAAUACGACAGAUUUGUGAGAAAAAUAUUUGAUUUAAAAGCAACAUGGGAAUUACUAUGUAAUAAUUUCAUGAGACACGCAGGCAAUGUGGCAGAUUAUGAUGAAAUAGACAACAGCAGAGACCGUUUAUCCUGUAGUUCCAUAGACAGCGAAUCUUCAUCAAAUAAUUACGAGCAUUACUAUGCUCAGGAAGCGUCUGAUGAUCCUGAACCCUCGCUAAAUAAUUCUGAUAAUGAAAACAUCAACGAUGGAAAUGCUGAAGAGGAUACUUCUGAUAAACCGAGGCCUUUUACAUUUGCUGAUUUUAAAGCGAAUGCUAGCAAAGUCACUAAUGACACUGUAACGAAAAAUCAAACUAAUGGUUUUGAUAACAAUCAAGAAACCAUAACAUCAAAUGGCGAGUCCCCAAUUAAUUGCGAAAAAGUUGAUAAAACUCAAAUGGAUAAAAACAGGCGUGAACUUAUAGAAGGUAUCACACAUAGAUCAGUCAACAAUAAUCCAGAAAAUGGACAGAGUCCUGAGAACAGUAAAGUUGGAAGCACAUCGAGUGAUGUCAGCAACCAUGCGCGCAAAGUUAACAUCACAAUAUGCGACGGACCGGGCUUUGAAAAGACAAAGUCUACUGAACCUAUCAUUCCACCACAGCCCGUGCCUCCGGAGAUCGAGCAACAAAGAACUCUAAGCAUAAAUAAAGACAUGGACGUAAGACGUUCAAGCUUGCAGAGCAUACUAAUGGCAUACCUAGAACUGGUCUUGACGUUCCCACUGGAGAGGUUCCAACUCGUGAGCCCAGUACUCAACGACGGUUUCCUACAACUCGCCAAAACCAUCACCGAUUCCCAACUAUUGGAUAGAAUUAAUAUAUUUUUCGAUAAAAAAGACAUAACGGAAUUUAAUUAUAAGUAAACAUUUAAUUGUGAUAAUUCACACUAAUAUCGUUAACAUAUAAUCCUCUUUGUUCAGUGUUAUCUUCAAAUAAAA